UGAUGCUACUGACUUCUGUGGUCGGCGCUGGCAAGACAUCGAUUGUGCACACGAUUGCAGAUAGAUGUAACAGGGAGACUAUCCUGUUGCUGUGCUUUUUCUUCACAGUUGACGAACAGCCACGGCCGGACCAGUUAUUCAGUGGCAUUGCUCAAGCUCUAGCAAAGCGUGAUGCAGAUUACCGUGCCUUCAUUAUCUCUGCCCUUCGAAAAGACCCCACCCUCUCAACAGCUCCAUUCACGGUGCAGUUCAAGGAAUUAGUGGCUUCACCCCUGCUCCAUAAACCUCCACCUUCCGACCGCCCUGUGGUGAUCAUCAUCGACGCUUUGGAUGAAUGUGACAAAGAAGUGUUCGGAUCCCUUGCCGAAAUCCUUGGAGAUGAAGUGCCCAGACUACCAUCUUCCGUCAAAUUCUUCAUCACAUCAAGACAAUUUGGUCUCGUGAAUCGCUACCUCUCCCCCAAUUACCCUAUUGGUCGUCUUAGUAUCGAUCUUUCGGAUGAGGCAAACGUGCAGGACUGUGCUAGGUACAUACGCUUCCAGCUGCGAAAGCUGAAGAAGGUACAUCAGGAUUUACAGCGUAAUCUUCAGGAUGAGGAUAAAAUGGUACAAGUGAUCUCGGAACGAGCAAAUGGCUUGUUUAUCUGGAUCAGCACCAUCUUUCGCUACAUGAAGAUGGCCAACAAGGAUCCUAUGAGGACACUAGAAAGUCUACUUGACACUGGUGCCAAACGACCAGAGGUCCCGGCUGAGAAGAUGAUGGAUGACUUGUAUAGAAGCAUUUUGAAGAAGUGUGCUUGGGAGGAAGAAGAUUUUGCACACGAUUACCCAAUCAUGAUGGGAGCGAUCUUCGUUGCUCGGCAGCCUCUGUCCAUCACAGCCUGGGACGCAAUUUUGUCACCUUUCCUCAAUUCUUCUGUUCGAUAUGUGUUGGCCGAACUUGCUCCUCUGCUCUCAGGAGUUGAGGAUUCCCACAUUCCGGUUCGCAUCUUACACCAAUCUUUCCGCGAUUUUAUUGUCGAUCGGAUCGAUCCCCAAACAAUCAGCUCUCAUUGCACACUCAUAGCUGUGGGGGUGGAGAAUGCCAGGGUUUCCCUGCGGUGUGCCGAGAUUUUGAACAAGGAUCUCUGCUCUGUGAAGGGCUUAGGACAGAUUAAACACCUGUCCAAAAAACAUGAAAUGCCGCGCAUUCCUCCAAAGGAAUUAUCUGAGCAUUUUUGUUAUGCCUGUCGCCACAUCAUUCAUCACCUCAGUGGAGUCCAGGGAUGGUCUGAGGAGCUUGCUGGGCCAGUUAGUAUGUUUCUGAGUCAGGAAGCAACUCGGUGGGUGGAAGUCUGUGUGAGAAUGGAAAACUAUGUCAGUAUCUUGUUACUCCCUGAGUGGGCUAAGUUGGCUGUUGACCACAGGGCAAUUAGUGCACUGGCUAAUGUGCUUACCCGGCUUCCAUUGAACCUGAAAUUUUUUUCAAGAUUCCAGGAGGCAUAUGAGGCAGCAAAUGAUUCUGUUGUACUCUGCCGUUACCUAUUUUCUGUGGACCCAAGUUCCUACACCCCGCAUUUAGCCCAGUCACUCAACAGUCUGUGUGUCACUCUUCGGAGACUUGGACGGCACUCAGAGGCACUCCCAUUCAUUGAAGAAAGUGUCAAACUCUGUCGCCAGCUAGUUGCCAUUGACCCAGGAUCAUAUACCCCAAAUUUGGCCAGCUUACUCAACAAUCUACGUAAUGCUCUUUCUGAUCUUGGACGGCACUCAGAGGCACUCCCAUUCAUCGAGGAAAGUGUCAAACUCUAUCGCCAGCUAGUUGCUGUUAACCCAGGAGCAUACACCCCAAAUUUGGCCAGCUCACUCAACAAUCUACAUAAUGCUCUUUCUGAUCUCGGACAGCACUUAGAGGCACUCCCAUUCAUCAAAGAAUGUGUCAAAAUCCAUCACCAGCUAGUUGCUGUUAACCCAGGAUCAUACACCCCAGAUUUGGCCAUGUCACUCAACAAUCUAUAUAGCGCUCUUUCCAAUCUUGGACAGCACUCAGAGGCACUCCCAUUCAUUAAAGAAAGUGUCAAAUUCUAUCGCCAGCUAGUUGCUGUUAACCCAGGAUCAUACACCCCAGAUUUGGCCAUGUCACUCAACAAUCUAUGUAAUGCUCUUUCCUAUCUUGGAUGGCACUCAGAGGGACUCCCAUUCAUUGAAGAAAGCAUCAAACUCCGUCGCCAGCUAGUUGCUGUUAACCCAGGAUCAUACACCCCAUCUUUGGCUGGGUCACUCAACAAUUUACAUAUUGCUCUUUCUUAUCUUGGACAGCACUCGGAGGCACUCCCAUUCAUUGAAGAAAGCGUCAAACUCUAUCGCCAGCUAGUUGCCAUUAACCCAGGAUCAUACACCCCAGAUUUGGCCAUGUCACUCAACAAUCUAUAUAGUGCUCUUUCCAAUCUUGGAUGGCACUUGGAGGCACUCCCAUUCAUCAAAGAAAGUGUCAAACUCUAUCACCAGCUAGUUGCUGUUAACCCAGGAUCAUACACCCUGUAUUUGGCUGGGUCACUCAACAAUUUACAUAUUGCUCUUUCCUAUCUUGGACAGCACUCAGAGGCACUCCCAUUCAUUGAAGAAAGUGUCAAACUCUGUCACCAGCUAGUUGCCAUUAACCCAGGAUCAUACACCCCCAAAUUGGCCAAGUCACUCAAUGAUCUACAUAAUACUCUUAACAAUCUUGGACAUCAUUCCAAUGCACAAAUGGUUCACAUUUGAGCAUGUUUUCCUCAUCAUUGCAUUGCUGCUUGCACAUGAUGGGCACGCUUCAUCAGCAAAAGUCCGUUAUGCUCUGGAGCAUCAAGAGUGGCUGGAGCAUGUGGGAGACAAAACAGCAGAUUGGGCACUCCUGGAGCCAAUAGUGUUCUCCUGGGAGGGGGUUCAGGAGCAGC